AUGUCGUCCGUACGCCUGCCCACCGAACUACUGGAUCAGAUCUUCGGAUACCUGGACUGGAAUCGGGACGAGGACUUAUAUCCGAGCAAGCAGAGCGUCAUCACCAGCAGUGUCACAUGCAAGCAGCUUCGCAAGGUUCUCGCUCCCCUGGUAUUCCAGGAUGUCACUCUCAAGAUCUGCUGGGCUGGCGGGGUACUGGUCUCUCCCGCACUAUUGAAGGUGUAUGGCUCUUCCUACUUCACCCAGGAGGCUAUGGGAAGAACAGCCCUUCAGCGCCUAACGCUAGCGAGUGCCGAGAAAAUGAGCCUCCUGCCACGGAAUUCGAGAUGGCUCCAAGAAGGACUAGACUGCUGGAUCAGUGCAUCAGACACUAUUCUCACUCUAAACUUGAAGAAUAUUGCAACAAACUCGCCAGAUCUUGCGGCUUUCAUUGCUAAAUUCACACAAUUGAAGCAUCUCCAUAUUAGCCACGUCGUUCUCAGCCCUCUCCAGCGUCGUGGAUAUGGACGAGUUGCACCGGAAGUUCAAGAUCGGAUAUGGCUUCGCCUGAGCAUCGACGUGCGGCACGCUGUCACCUGGCUGCAGCAGGCAGUAAUUGGUGAGAGACUCCUGGACGCAGACCGGGAAGAGCGCCUGUUGGAGGAUUUCGGCAGUUUCUUGCCGCUGUGGGCAGCUAAGGCUGAUCUAGAGCGAGGACCGAAAGCCGUGAAUGAGUGGACAAGGAAGACAGGCUAUCGCCGCUCCGCGUAG